ACCCGCCAGCUCGGGCCCGGGAGGCCUUAAGGAGCUCACCGCCACCGCCCCGGCCCAGAGCCCUGCGCCCCGCGUGGGCGCCACCCGGGCCCGCCGCCCCAGCCAGGGAUGUGCUCGCUGCCUGUGCCUCGGGAGCCCCUGCGCCGCGUGGCCGUGGCCGGGGGCACCCACGGCAAUGAGAUGUCGGGCGUCUACCUGGCCCGGCAGUGGCUGCAGGCUCCGGGGGAGCUGCAGAGGCCCAGCUUCUCCGCCACGCCGGUGCUGGCCAACCCUGCAGCCGCGGCCGCCUGCCGCCGCUACGUGGACCGGGACCUCAACCGCACCUUCACCAGCGCCUUCCUCACUGCCAGGCCCCACCCGGAUGACCCGUACGAGGUGACGAGGGCCCGAGAGCUGAAUCAGUUGCUGGGGCCCAAGGCCUCGGGCCAGGCCUUCGACUUCGUCCUCGACCUGCACAACACCACGGCCAACGUGGGCACCUGCCUCGUGCUGGAAGCCGCCAGCAACGUCUUUGCCUUGCACCUGUGCCGCCACCUGCAGCUGCAGAGCCCGGAGCUGCCCUGCCGGGUCUUCCUGUACCAGUUGCCCGGAGAAGAGAGUUACAGCGUCCACUCUGCGGCCAAGAACGGAAUGGGCCUGGAGCUUGGCCCCCAGCCCCAGGGAGUGCUACGGGCUGACCUUUUCACCAGGAUGAGGGCUCUGGUGGCCGCAGCUCUGGACUUCAUCCAGCUCUUCAACCAGGGCACAGCCUUCCCUGCCUUUGAGAUGGAGGUGUACAGAAAAGUGGGCAGUGUGGACUUCCCACGCACCGAGGCCGGGGACCUGGCCGGCACCGUGCAUCCUCAGCUGCAGGACCGAGACUUCGAGCCUCUGCGGCCCGGCGCCCCCAUCUUCCAGCUGUUCAGCGGCGAGGACGCGCUCUAUGAGGGGGAGUCCAUCGUGUACCCCGUGUUCAUCAACGAGGCCGCCUACUAUGAGAAGGGCAUCGCCUUCUUCCAGACCGAGAAGUUCACGGUCUCCGUGCCCGCCCUGCCUGCGCUGGCCCCCGGCCCGGCCCCCUAACCCGGGCCACGCCUGCCCAGCCUCGGCCCUCCCCUCGGAACAGGGAGUCCUGAGGCCCGACCCCCAGCUCAGGGGCCCCCUUCGCCACCGGCUACGUGCCCUGACCCGGGCCCAGCCCCCACCUCCACGCCUUGGUUUCCCAGUCUAUAAAGUAG